ACAAGUUCGAAGAGCAAAAUGCUUAACGGCUACCAAACGGCCCCGUCGGUGAUAUAUUCGUUAUGUACAAAACUUUAUAAUAGUUUUCUUAAUAUUAUUAUGAAGAUUUACUUUCCUGUAUCAUUCAACGGCCAACGUUAGCUCAAUUGUCUCUCUCCAGGAAAUUAAACUGAGAGAUUUAUUGGCUUUCUAAUGAGCUUAUAAUACAGGUUAGAGAAAUUUUGCUGCUCUGCUUAUUAAGGGAAAUUUUCAAAAAUAUACAGCCCAACAUAAAAUAUUACGCCCCGUAGCCAUAUUUUCAGUUUAUACAAUAUUAUACCUGGGGGGGAAGCAUUAUACAUAAUGUAUCAACCUUGUAUAAAAGGUGUUUAUACACAAAUAUGAGCUAAACCGGGUAACAAAUUCAAGAUACGGGCUAAAGCGUAUGGAUGAAUUGAAAAUAGAGGAUUGCUGUACUGAGAAUAAGCAAUCUACGGCUGCUUCAGCUUCUUCGGUUUCUGAAAAUAGUGGCAGUUUAACCGUAAAGUCAUCAGAAGUAUGCAGCCCGACACCUACAUCGCCAGCUCAUCGAAGAACCACUGGUCCAAUUAGACGAGCAAAGGGUGGUUGGACUCCUGAGGAGGAUGAUACUUUGAGAAGGGCUGUUGCAGCUUACAGGGGGAAGUGCUGGAAGAAAAUAGCUGAAUUCUUUCCGGAUAGAUCUGAAGUGCAAUGCCUGCAUCGAUGGCAAAAGGUUCUGAAUCCAGAACUUGUAAAAGGACCUUGGACUCCAGAGGAGGAUGAAAAGAUCAUUGAACUGGUGGCUAAGUAUGGGCCUACAAAAUGGUCUGUCAUAGCCAAAUCAUUGCCUGGUCGGAUAGGGAAGCAAUGUCGUGAGAGGUGGCACAAUCAUUUGAAUCCAAAUAUUAAAAAAGAUGCCUGGACAUUGGAGGAGGAACUAGCACUUGUAAAUGCUCAUCGGAUACAUGGGAACAAGUGGGCUGAAAUAGCUAAGGUCCUACAUGGAAGGACUGAUAAUGCUAUCAAGAACCAUUGGAAUAGCUCUUUGAAGAAGAAAUUAGACUUCUAUUUGGCUACUGGAAAUCUUCCGCCUGUUGGUGGAGAUGGCUUUCAAAAUGGUUGUAAGGACACCACCGGUACACUUUCAGCUGAAAAGGCUCUUGUUUGCUCACAUAAAGGAUCAGAUUCAACUGAGCUUGCUUCAUCGGGAACUAGCGAUGUAUGUAAAAUAGAAAAUGGUAAGAAUCAUCAAGAUGCCAAACUGCUGGUUGCAAAUAUCAAUGCUUCUAAUAGGGGUCCUCAAAAUGAGUCUGCUGAUUCCGAAGUUGUUAGAUGGGAGGCACAGUCACCAGUAAUAGAUUCUAUCCAUGUUAAACCAAUUACAGAAAUCAGUUUUGAGGGAUAUGGAACGAAUAGUGAAGUUGAUCAAUUUAAAGUCAUUGAAACUCCAUUUUCUUGUGAAAUACCUACAUGUGGUACAUUGUAUUAUGAACCCCCACAGCUAGGAAGUUGUAUUUCAAUGGAUUCAGAUCAUCUAAAUAAUCGAUGGGCUCAUUGUGAAUCUGAUUCAAGUCCAAGUUUGUCACCUAGUUGUUUCUUUACUCCACCCAGUAGUCUGAAGGGAAGUAGUUUGUCUGCACAAACCCCUGAAUCCAUACUGAAAACUGCUGCUAGAAGCUUCCCAAAUACGCCUUCCAUAUUCAGGAAGAGGAAGUUGAGCUCCACGCCAGGUAAUGAAAUUGGGAAUGCAGAUGGAGAUAUGAGUAAGGAUGAAGUGCGUGAUGCUUGUGAGGAGAAACAAACCGACAGUUUAGAAAAAUAUGGCACGAGUAGGGGAAGUUCUUCGAGAAAUCCUGUUUACAAUGGCAUUGGGCCAUGCAAUACCAAAGCUUUUAAUGCCUCUCCUCCAUAUCGAGUAAGGUCUAAACGAAAAUCCAUCUUCAAGUCUGUGGAGAAGCAGCUUAAGUUUGCAUUCGACAAUGAACAGCACAAUACUAGUACCGGAAUAAAUGAGUCAACUGUCAAAGAGAUAUCUCAUGUAGCAGAUUGUUUACGUGCAACAAAAAUGGGUGUCACCUAGAACCCUAUGGAUUGCUGCUGGAAUCAGUGUUUUAACCCUGGCCAUGCAGGUGGUUUUUUUUGUAAAACCUCAUCAAUUUCCAGAACUGACAUUGCAUAUAUUCAUUUGUUU